UCAAAGGUUUAUUAUCGUAUAGCCUCAUCCCACGCUUUUAACGUUCGUUUAUGCGAGACACAUCAGUAGGCAUUAUCUUUUAAAGCCAUGGUGGAUUUUGUUUUCUUUUCUGUAUUUUCUUACUUGAAUUGAGACAAGUAUUACAUGAAAAGCUUUAAACGAUUCAGAAGGGAAGUUGUUAGUGUGCUGUAACGACGAGGAUCUUACCUGUUCACAAAGUCUAAGCAGGAAAACUCAUUUGAGCGGGAGGAAUAACGUUGUGCCAGAGAUUAUAUAAAGAGGAUCGUAUGUUACCUUGGGUUAAUAUCUGAGGAGCUCCACACAACCAAAAGCGACGGGAAUAUAUUCUACCCUGACCACAGUGACAACUAUGGGGAACAAAUCGUCCUUACCGAGUCCAAGAACGAUGAAGGAGUUACGGGCGGUGUUAUCGGACGAGUACACGAAUGAGGAGAUAUUGGGAUGGUUUGAACAAUACAAGGCAUCCCUAUCGAGGGGUGAGUCAAAGCUUACUAUGGAAGCCUUCAUCAGGGUAUAUAGCAGACUAUUUGAAGGCGAGGCGUCGAACUUCGCUGAACAAGUGUUUCGCGUGUUUGAUACCGACGGCAACGGAGUUGUGGAUUUCAAAGAGUUCAUGAUGGGUAUUUACGUGUCUGGGUCUCCACUAGAGGAAGACAUGAAGCUGGAUUGGGCCUUUAAGAUGUACGAUAUGAACGGGGACGGCUACAUCACCAAAGACGAGAUGAAAUUUAUGUUCACGUCUAUUUGUCGCAUGACAUUAGCGCAGAUUUCGGGAAAUAAUUCAACACCGGAAGAACUAACCGACUACUUCUUUGAGCGUUUCGAUGAGGAUAAUGACAACAGAAUCAGCAACAAGGAGUUCGUCUCGCGAGCGAGGAACCACAGGGAGAUAAUACACAUGCUAGAGAUCAACCCGUGUCCAGAUGAUUAAAUACGCUCUCAUCCCAUUUACUAAACAUUGACCUUUCGAUUCAUUUACCGUGGAGCUUCGUUAAUCCAGCCACUGUGUCAUUAAGAAUGGAAGCAUGACCACUCUCAUUUUUUUUUCGUGGUAGUCUUUGGGAGAUAUUCUUUAUCAAGUUUGUCCUCUUUUUUCCGAUCGACUCCGAAGUAGGUCAGUGACAUUUAGAGAAAUAAUUCUCAAAGUUCCUCAUCCGCCCCUCCCAGAGUCUUUGGCGAUGCUUUAUUGCCAUAACGUAUAUCUCCUGGUCAUGAGCAUAACGGUUUUGACGAAGAAGUUGUUCUUGACAGCAUGGAGAGCAGCUAAAACUUACUGCUCUAUGGUACACACCUUCGUUUAAUAUCAUGCACCUAAUGAUAUGAGUUAUAGAUAAAAAAUGCAAUAAAAGAGGAAAAUAUAAUGUGAUAUUAUGAUUAACGAAAAAGUACAUCACAACAAAAACUAUGAUUCCUAAUCUGAGUUUGGGAACGAUAUUGAUUAGGAGAUCGCGUGUGUAUACCCGAUUGUAUGUACAGUGUAAUAUAAAGACUAAUACUGCACAAUCACUGGUAAUAACACUGCCGUGAAAGAGACAGGUUCACUUUGAACAAUCCGGAAUGUGUGGUUAAACAAUUAUGUCUCAAUAAACUGUUAGUGAUUUGUAGAACUGAACAUACUGCUAAUUUGUAAUCAUAACAUCUAUUCCUCGAAACAGCUUCAUUGUGUGUGGCGAAUAGUGGCAAUGAUUGGUUUUGUUUUCACUGCAGAUUUUUUAAUAAUGCUUAGUUAAAUACAAUAGUUAUAUUUUCAAAAUUCAUCCUACAUAAAGACUGGUUUUAAGUGACAAGAAGUUGUCACAUGUGUCUAAGCGCGUUUUACGAUAUUUACGUCAUUUUGUAGGUAUAUAUUACGAUGUUUAAGCAGCAAUGAUCAACGGCAAUUGUCCAGCUUGAUUUUCAACAUUAAAAAGUAAUAUUUACAU